GAGACCUAAUUUUCAGAAGUUUAAAAUGUUUAAGAUUUUCUUAGUCUUGGCUGUUUUUUCACAAGUGGAAGCAAGAUAUGAAAGUGUUUGUGAAACUAUACCAUCAAAAAUUCAUUUAACAAAGGAAGAGUACAGUAAAUCCAAGGAACUAAUGCGUACAUGUGAGGAGGAUGUACAGAUUAACAAGUGUGAAGGUACAUGUGCUUCAGGGACCCAGCCAAGUGCUAUGGACAGAUCUGGUUUUACUAAAGAUUGUAAGUGCUGUAGAGAAGGCGGAUACAGAGAGAGGAUUAUAACCCUGACAAAAUGUUUUGACCAAGACGGAUUAACUCUAGAUGGUUCUCUAGCUACUAUGCAGGUUACCCUGAAAGAACCUGAAGGAUGUCAGUGCUUUCCAUGCGGAUCUGAACUUCCCUCUUCAUAGACUUAAACAUCGGAAUUUAUAGCAAAAAGUAGUUGAACUAGUUACGUGUAAUUCAACUCUCUCUCCUCCGCGAUUUAAAGUGGAUCGUAGCGGAAUAGAGAGGUAAUUGAACUAGCCGUAGCUAGUUCUACUACUUUUCUCUUCAGUUUAUAAAUUCUUAACAAAGAGAAGAGUAAUAGUAUUCCAACUUUAAAACCGAAUAUUUGGCACUUUACCUUAAAAAACCGGAGUUGAAAACAUCGCAGAUGUAAAAAAAUUUAAUUCCAACGGAAUGAGAGCUCUGAACAUUAAAAGAAACGUGUUUCAAUUUACAAUUAUAAGCUUUGUUACAUUUCUGAACUCUUCAUUACAUCCCGAACAAUUACAUUUCAACUCUCAACUUUUGAAUCUGGUCCUCCUAUAGACAUUUGAGCUUAAGACAAAAUUAUGAAAGCUUUUCACAUACAUUCGUAAAAAAACAUCGUAGGUUUUUACCUAAACAUAUUCGUAUAUAAGAGGACAGUUCCAUAUGAUAUCUUGAAUGAAUAAUUGAGCCGGUCAUCCAAUGGUCCUUAAACAGUAAUGCAACAGCCAGCCUUAAACUAGUUUGUAAGAUCUUUAACCUGUUAUCAGCAUUCGUCAAAAAUAAAAUGUAUUUUAUUA